AUGUCAUCAUUUCGCCUAUUAUUAGAAGAAGAAACACUUCAAACACCACCACAACCAAUCCGAAAGCAACACAAGAAGAAACGCCAAACAAGCAAUGAAACAGAAAAUACCAAAGUAGAAGAAACAGAAUUUUCCAAAAUUCAUCUCAAUGAAAUUUGGGUCGUAAUUUUGAGUUUCAUCGACACAAAAACUCAAUAUAAAUCCCUAGCACUAGUUGACAAAUUGAUUUGUGGCAUUCUCUAUUCGAUACCUCUCUUAAAAUCCAGUUUACAACGCACAUUUUCUGGAAUAAUCUCUGGAGAGGAGGAACAAGACCACCUUCCACUAUUGAACUAUGGAAGUAUGACAUUGUCAAAGAGAAUUGACAGGGUUUUUUCAUCCAAUGAUCCACUCAAUAUAUUUGGAUUUGCAUCCCAUUCAGAAUGUUCAUCUGAAUCCAAAUACGAAACCGAAACUAUUCCAGAUAUUCCACUCACAUUCCACAAUUUGUACAUUGGAUUAUUGAAUAGAAGAUUGAAUAUUACCAAUAGAAAUGUAAAGCUCAGAGAAUUUUUGGGAUUGGGUGGUUGUUUGGAUUGUCCUUCUUGUUACAAUAGAAAGAAUAAUAAGCAAAUUCAUUGUGAACACUUUCGAAUACUUGUAAAGCAAGACCAAAACAAUAAUUAUAUAUUGAAUUUAGAAUGUAAAUCGUGUUCACUUCAUCAAAGUGUGCAGUUAGUAACUGCUCUAGACAAAAUCAAAAAAAAAUCCUUCAACACUACCCGAAUGACAUCUCUCAUCGAUGAAUUUAUCCUAGACUUGGGCAGUUUCACAACCAAGUACGGAAUUUGUGCUGAUGAAAUUCCUAACGAAUUUCACUCAAUAUCAGGUUCCUAUGAGAAACAAGGUUUUGCUGGUGUAUCAAAAAUUGCUUGUGGUACAAUGGUAUUAAAAGAGAAGGAAUUGACUGGAAAUUUCAGAUUACGAACUGUGUGUCCAUUGGUUUCUCGUGGACAAGUCAAAUUGGCCAAUGAUACCCUGCUCAUGUUUGAACACUUUUUAAAUCAUGCCUUCCGUUCAUUGUAUAAUUUAAAUGGAGAUCCAUUCUCUGCACAAACUCUCAAGGAAAAGAGUUUGAAUAUUGUAAUGAGUCCACAAGUACAAACUAUUGACUCUUUGAAAAUGUUGUGUACUCAAGUAUUUGAUAGACAUCAAAUUAAGAGAGUUUCAUUCCUCUCCUCAAUGGAAAAUGUUGCCUACAUCAUGAAAGAUAAAUUGAAUCAGGAUCAAUUGGAGAGUAGUUUCAUUCUUGAACAUGGUCAUGGUUUGACUCAAAUUUCAUCACUCAGUAGUGGUGGAUCCAUUGUAAAUACUAUUCCAAUUGGAGGAAUGGAUGUUUCAAAGUAUAUUAGAGAACAUCUUCAAAGUGAUGAGCCAAUGCUCAAAUUAACUGAAUUGAAGGAACAAUUUGCCAAGUGUCUUCUUCCAAAUCAAUCGAUCUGA